UGUGCGGAAGUGCUCUUUGAAAGAAAAAAAAGGCGAAGGAGGAAAUGUCAGCACAGUUACAGGUCCUGUAAGCGCUUUAAAACGAACAGUUUAUUCAGAGCGGGACUAAAGAUGAAUUAUUAAUAAGGUUUGUAAACAGGAAAUUGUUCCCAGGAGGUCAAAGGUCAGUCUUUUAAAAGUGCAGCAGGAUGCCGAGGAGUGCAGCGGACAGAGAAAGUUUGAGUCGGUCGUUUUCCUGCGAUGAUCUGCUGAGCUCAGACUCUUCACCUGUGAGACACGGAGGGAGUGUGGCACCGGGACGGCCGGUCCACGGCACCGGGACCGGGCCCAAACGGUGGUGGUUCACGGUGCUGUCGGUGCUGGGCUCGGCUGCUGCUGUGGCUGCUGUUGGGUGUGUUUGCGCCUUCAUCUACCCGAUACUCAGAGACCUGCGGGGAGAGAGAGUGAGAGGAGAGGACGGGACUGAACAGAGGAUGUUAGGUUUCUGGAGUAUCCUGGUGCUGUCAGUAUUAGUAGGAUGUAUCUGCUGCGUCUUCUCGUGGACUCUCACCUACAUCGACUCGCAGCGGCCGAGCAGAGAGUUCACGACGCUGCACACACCUGCAGACUUUAGAGAUGUUUCAGGACAGAGUUUCUUCAUGGGCUAUGGGGUUGCGGUUCUAAACGGCAUCAUGGGGAUGCUCACUGUCAUCUGGAGCCUCACCUGACACACACACACACACUUUGACCUCGAUGUUUUAUGUAGAAAUAAACAGAAUUUACCACGA